AGUCAUCCUCAUCCCAAUCUUUUAAUCAUUCUGUUACCUUGGUCUUUCUUUCUUAACCAAAUAUACCGUCAUCACUGCAUUAUUUAAUAUUUAUAUAUGCACGACCAAAGCAGAAAGAAGAAAAGGCAACAAGAGUAAGGAGGAAGAUGAAGGCGGAAGAAACAACCGAUACCCAUACCCAUGUGGUAAUCUUUCCCUGUCCAGUGCAGGGCCAUGUGAGUACCAUGCUCAAGCUCGCACAGCUUCUCUCUCUCCAUCGUUUCCACAUCACCUUCAUAACCACUGACUGCAUCCACCACCGCCUUCACCGUUUCGGAGAUAUCCAAGCUCUCUUACAAACCCACCCCACCCUCCAAUUCAAGACCUUCCCCGAUGGCCUCCCACAUAACCACCCACGUUCCGGUGAAUCCCUAGUUGACCUCUUUCAUUCCAUUAAUUUGCACGCAAAGCCUCACAUCAAACACAUUGUUCUCUCCGCAAAACCCACACUCACUUGCUUCAUUGGCGAUGGAGUCUUUGGAGCCCUCACCGUAGAUGUAGCCAACGAGGUUUCAAUACCAAUCAUUCAUUUCCGCACCAUCAGUGCUUCCUGCUUCUGGACCUACUUCUGCGUUCCAAAGCUCUUUCAAUCCAACCAACUUCCAAUCAGAGGUGAUGAAGACAUGGAUCGCGUCAUAACCUGUAUCCCAGGAAUGGAAAACGUGUUCCGUUGUCGGGACCUUCCGAGUUUCUGUCGGGGAACCGAAUCCGACAUAGUAUUUCCUAUGAAUUCCAUGGCCUUCGAGACGCGUGAAACGCUUCGAGCCCGCGCGCUCAUACUGAACACGUUCGAGGAUCUAGAAGGUUCCGUGUUGUCGCAGAUACGCCUUCAUUUUCCCAGAGUCUUCACCAUCGGUCCUCUCCACGCGCAGUUGAACUCCAGGCAAGACUCCAACCCCGAAACCACGCCGUCCACGAACUGUGUCUGGGAAGUGGAUAGGAGCUGCGUGACGUGGCUCGACUCGCAGCCGUUGAAAUCGGUGAUAUACGUGAGCUUCGGUAGCAUCGCCACCGUGACAAGGGAGAAGCUCUUGGAGAUUUGGUACGGUUUGGUGAAGAGCAAGAAGCGGUUCCUUUGGGUGGUGCGUCAUGACAUGGAUGGGGGUGACCGGGUACCGGCUGAGCUGGAGGAGGGGACUAAAGAGAGGGGGUUCAUUGUGGGGUGGGCCCCGCAAGAGGAGGUUCUGGCCCAUAAGGCCGUUGGUGGGUUCUUGACCCACAGUGGGUGGAACUCAACUUUGGAGAGUUUGGCAGCUGGUGUGCCUAUGAUUUGUUGGCCUGCCUUUGGAGACCAGCAUGUUAACAGUAGGUUUGUGAGUGAGGUUUGUAAGGUUGGGUUGGACAUGAAGGAUGUUGCAUGUGAUAGAGACAUUGUAGAGAGGAUGGUGAAUGAUCUCAUGGGUCAUCGGAGAGAGGAGUUUCUUAACUCCGCUGAGGCAUUGGCUUUGUUGGCUAACCAGAGUGUGAGUCCCGCUGGUUCUUCUUACUCCCAUUUGGACCACUUGAUGCACUACAUAAAGUCACUUGGUCAAGAUAUUAUUUGAUACUAGCAAAUGCUCAAUUCUACCUGGGAGUAGGAGUUACCUCACGUGUCAGUUCCUUUAUGUAAUCAUAUUCGUUUCAAGUUUCAACAACAUUUUCCAUACGGAUAUAAGAAAAUCCAUAUGUCAGAACCAAUAUUUUUUUAUUUUAACUGUACGAUUAUUGAUUAUUAAUUUUUAA